AUGCGAGUAUCCGCCACAACUACCCACCCCAAGCCAGCCUCAACCUCGCUCGGUUGGAUCUUCACUCUCAGUCUUCUGGUUGCGGUUCUCGCGCAUCCCUUCGUCGCUCUACUCUUUUCCAACUCCCAGCCUGCGCCAGGAACGAUGUCGAUGACACGAGCCGUGUCGCGCGGAAUCGCCAAGAAGGUGCGCAGCAUCGAGACGGCCGAAGGAGCGGGAGCCGUAGUGAGGCGGUCGAUCGGCACGCCGGCGCUCCGCAAUAUCUCGCCGUUCCUCAUGCUGGAUCACUUCCGCAUCACCGAAGGCGCUGGAUUCCCUGACCACCCCCAUCGCGGUUUUUGGUUUUGA